CUGAGGACACAGUGUGCACCUGCAAAUUUCUGCGGACUCCUGCAAAUUAUUGACAUGUCAUCACGAGUUUGUCAAUAAGAUCCACUAAAAUUUCAACAAAUCAGCCAGCAAUCAUGUCAGACAGUGAUUCAGACGUGGAUGACGUGUUGAAUAAUCUCUUGGCGAAUGACGAUGAGACUCCAGUUCCAGAGCUGCCAGCUGCGCCCCAGGUCCUCAAAGAGUUGGACUACAACUUCCUGGAUAAUCUGGAUGAUCCCCCGGAGAAAGGCCAUCAGGAAAAGACCUCGAGUCUCGUUUAUGACGAUUUAGACUCCUCAGACGACGAGGGAAAAAAGUACUUCGAGGAGCAGAAGUACUCGGACUCUGGUAGGAGCAUAAGAGACCUUCUGAAGCACCAGUCCUCCCAGAAGAAGGACACCUCCAUCGAGAAGUUUCCCAGGAAGCCCGAGAAGAGUGAGAAGAGUGUAAAGAAGAAACCAGAGACUGCCCUAACAAACUGGUUGGCAAAGCCUCCAGACGUCUACAGCGAUCCAGUGUUUGGUCUGCGAAUUGUCAAGCCCCUGAUCUCUUCAGCAGAAUUGAAGGAACGAAUGCAGGACAGAAAAGCCAUCACAGUGUCUAAAGUAAAAAGCUUCCUGGCGACUCAGGACCAGUCCCAGGACUGGGUGAUCGCUGGUGUCCUCAUUCACAAAUCAGCAACGAAGAAAUCUCAGAAUGGAAAUCAGUACUGCAUCUGGCAGAUCAGUGAUUUAUCCGACAAAAUCCCCAGUGUUUCGCUCUUUCUUUUCAGUGGGGCAUAUAAACUCUUCUGGAAGACAUCCGAGGGGACAGUUGUAGGGGUUUUGAAUCCCAAUGUCAUGGAAUCGAGGAGUGACAAGGCUGAGGCCACUCUGUCUGUCGACAACGCCCAGAAAGUCAUGAUAUUUGGUAACUCCAGAGAUCUGGGGAGAUGCAAAUCUGUUAAGAAGAGCGGCGAUCCCUGCACCAAUAUCGUCAACAAGAGCAUUUGUGAGUACUGCAUUUAUCACGUCAAACAGGAGUACAGUAAAGCCUCCAGGAGGACUGACCUGCAGACUGACCCCAACAACAGGAGAUUUGGUAACGCCUUUGGAAAACAAAAACAAAAUUUUGGAGGACCUCAGGGAAAUGGUCUCAAUCAGUUGAAUAUGCUGGCGAUUCCUGCCAAGAGGAAUUAUAAGAUGGAGCAGAGGGACUCGGAGAGGCUGGCACUCCUCACGAAGGGGAAUAAUCCCCCCGGGAAGAGUCAAGAGUCAUCAGUUAAUAAACUGGGAGAUGCGGAAGCGCUGGAGAAGAUUAAUAAGAGCAGAGGAUGGAGCAAUAGAUCUGCCCUGUGUCUGUCUUCGAUAUCUUCUCUGUCAAAUGGCUCUCCAAAAGCGUCUCCAAAAAGUUUAACGAGUAAAUUAAAUUUGAAAGCUCCAGGACACAGUAGUCCCUCGCUAAAACCCUCAGUAUCGUCUCCAGGGCCUUGCGCUCCUCGUCUAGGAUGUGGAGUCGUUGGUGACACGAUUGACUUUUCACAACCAAUACCAAAGACGAGGAUAAGCUCUGCUAAAAUGAAUGCCAUCAAGUGGGCGAAGGAGAAGGGGGGCAUUAAGCCCUUGGGGAAUGUUAAUAAGGUGGGGGAGAGUAGGGAGAAGAUCGAGGCAUCUGCCAAGAGGAAACGAGAUGAGGAAAUGUCUGGUGAUACCCAAGAGGCGAAGAAGGUGUGCUCCACAUCGGAAAAAUUCAAGGAGCUCAUGGAGAUGACUUCAACUCAUGAGGAUCUCAUCGAAAAGGCUGAUGACAACGAGAAGGAGAAGUACUUCCAUAAACUGGAGGUCAAGGAGCGCAUGGAGGAGAAGAUGAUGACGACUUUUAAGGUCGAGUGCAAGGCUGUCAGGUGUCUCAUCUGCAAGUACACUGCAUUCUCGGCAUCGGAUAUUUGCAAGGAGAAGAGACAUCCUUUGAGGGUGAUUGACGCUGUCAAGAGCUUCUUCAAGUGUGGGGACUGUGGGAACAGAACAGUGAGUCUUGAUAAACUACCUUCUCACAGUUGUCAGAAGUGCUCGGGCUCCAGGUGGCUCAGGGCUGCUAUGAUGGAUGAAAGAAAGACUAAUAUUUCGGACACUGUCCUCUCCAUUCGAGGGGGUGAGGAGAAAUUCGUGGGAUCGGAUGUUAAAAAUUCUAGUAUUAAUCUUCUCGUACCUGGGGAUGAAACUUCGUAAAAUACUAUCUACUUCUACGUCUGGGAUCGAUGAAGAGGAAUUUAAAUCAUGAGAUGAAAUAAAUUUUUUUUUUAAUAUACAAUCAGAAAUAUUGCUUCCUGUUUUGAGAAGGAAUUUUUAAAUAGAUAAUUAUGGGAUGAAAUAUUUUGAGAUCAUCAAUUGACUGAAUAAAUUAUUAUCGUGUUAAAGACGGGAAAAUGACGAGACUUUUAUCACCUUCCAUCUUCACUUUAAUUUCCAAACUUGAAUUAUUCAUUUUGUUUUCUCCAUAAAUCAUCGGUGUAUCAUUGUUGGAAUGUGACUGUAUGUGAUCACCAUGACCUGUUCAAUCCUCGUUUUAUAACAAGACAUAUAAUAUAAUAUAGAACUUCUUUUAAUCGUUUUCUUUUCUCUGAAAAAUAUUCGAGGAGUUGUCAGAAUUCAUAAUUCUCGUGCUCUCUAAAAUUGUCUUUUGACCGAGGAGUUUUCUAAUAGCGUACGAAUUUGAUAUCUCUCAUCACUCACACGAAUCUUCUCGAUGGACGUCAAUAGCGUGACAGGCAUCUUCUGUUUCGAUAAUUAUUGUAUUGUUUUAUUUAUGUAAAAAACAUGAGGCAAUCGAGGACGCAGAUUUUCUCUCUUUCAUCACUAAUCGUCUUUCCCUUUUCGCUGGUAGUGUACACUCUGACAACGAUGAAAUAAAGCGAAAGACACUCGUUGAAUAGAAAAGUGAUACAUACCAGAUCCCCAUAAUUACACUGGAACCCUCUAAGUACAAUUUCUAUUAUGUCCAAAUUAAUUAUUUCAAGCAUGGAAUUUUUUUGAACGAAUGGAAUUUGAAAAAUAAGACACAAAUCACACUUUCACGCAAAUCUCAGCUCUACAACAUUUAAAUUAACCCCAGGCUGGCCAUUUAUUUCCAUUCCCAAUGCAGCGAAAAUACUCAAUCCUCAGAUAGUCAGCAAAAUAUAUCGCUUUGUUUUGCUUUCAUCGUGUUGUCAAACAAUCGGUGACCAGCACGGAGUUAGAACCAUCAAGAACAAUAAAGAAAAACAAAGAAUAAUGAAGAACAACAAUAUUUCAUUUCACCAAUUGCACAUCAGCAUCAUUACCAUAAUUAAAUAAUUACGUUGUACAGCUUGUUAUCAUUCAACACCUCUUAAUCUCUGUCAAUGUCCCCGAAUAAAUACGUAAACGUCCUGAGAAGAUACGUGUUUUUUUUUAAAUUCCCAAAAAACACUCCAGAAUUACCGUAGCCUUUCCUACAAUUGCUGGAUUUUUAAUUAAUGCACAGUGUUCACUCACUUCCUGGUACUCGAAACGAAUGUUUUAUUUUAGUUGUUUCAUAUGAUUAAUGUAGGCAGGUAUUCAAGCUGGCUUAAUUAAGUGUCACAGUCUUCGAGUUGCCCUUAAAAAUCCAUCCGAAUAUUUCUCUAUUGCUUCGAUUCCAAUUAUCAACAACUGGAGGAAACUUCGUCUUGUUAUUGUUGUUUUAUCGUUUUGACGUAUCACUCUGGUCUCAUUCACUCAAUGAUCCUCGCACAGUCUCACUUAUUCAAUUGCUCAGCAAAAAAAAAAAAAAAAA